AUGGAGAUUGUGGACCAAUCAUGCGACUGCUUGCCCAUACUUUUGGAUGACAGAUAUUCCGAGCUCUUACAGGGCUUUGAACUCAACGGAAUUCUUACUGCGGAAGUUCUUCUCUCGUCGCCGGGUGCUCUUUCGCGUAAGAUCAAUCAUCCAGCUGAAGAGAUCGAAUCCUUCGUCAAGCGGUAUAAAGAUGAGAGUCGAAGCCAUUUAUUCAGAAAGGGAAACUUGAGGACAUUGGAGGAUGAUACACUUGCUUCUACUACUGCUGGUGUCUCAGAAUCGACCACUAAACAGAUAUAUUUCACCACCGGAGACGACGAGAUUGACUCCAGUCUCAAUGGAGGAAUCCCAUGUGGAUAUCUCAUCGAAAUUAGUGGUGACUCUGCCACUGGAAAGUCCAACUUUCUCAUGAGUUUGGCUAUCACUAUACAACUCCCCAUAGAAUUUGGAGGCCUUGGCAGGUCGAUCUUUAACCACAAUAGUGACCAAGCAGGGGUCAAGACUAUGUAUAUAUCUACAGAGUCAGCCCUCAGUACCCAAAGGUUAGAGCAGAUUUCUAUAUACUACCGGGAUCUUCUCUGCAAAAAUGGUAUUAACGAUGCAUCACUAUAUCCGGACAUGAAGAACGUAAUGACUACCUCAACGGCGAUUACAGAUCUCGAGUCGCAAAACCGCUGCCUUUACUAUCAGCUUCCGGUGAUCCUUGAACGAUCUCCGGAAAUAAAGAUGGUUGUAGUUGACUCCAUUACCCAUCAUAUUCGUGCAGAGCUCCGCUUUGGGGACAGAGAUUCGUAUGUAAUGAAAAUCUGUCGACAUCUAAAACAGCUAGCACUCAAAUAUUCCGUUACGGUGCUGAUAGCCAACCAGGUUACAGAUAAGCCACUCAACGGGAUAUUUUCGUCCCAGAAUGAACUUCUAUUUAAAAUGAACUUCGAUUAUCAGACCAGCUGGCUGGUCGGAUGGGAUGAUGUUGGUGUGGUAUACAGACAGCUUAUGGAAAAGAAGAAAAAAAAACCAUGGGAGAAAGAUAAAGAUCUUGAUACCUACGAGGAGAUUGGAUACACUGAGACUACACCUGAAACGAGCAGCGAAGAGAGCUUUUCCAACGACACCUCGAUUGUGUCGAUCAAAGAACAAAUGAGAGUGGAACGAAAGAGACUCUUUGCAUCCAAAUACAGAACUAAAGUGUCAAAGAUCAAGACGAUUCCUUCUCUUGGCAUCUCAUUGAUGAACGUUAUCAACGCUAGGAUCGUGUUGAAAAAAGAAUUUAUACCCAUUUUAAACGAAGAUUUGAUAGAUGAAUUCAGUACGGAUUUAGGUAUAGAUACGAGCAGCCUAAACUCGCCGAUCUCUUAG